CAGAAAUUUUCAAGCAAUAAAACAUGUUGUCCCAUAAACAACCAAAGCAUAAGUUCAGGAUUGACAAUCCCAUGGAUAUUGACUAUGACAAUCAUGAAGAUCAAUCGUUAAAAGAGCCAGAAUAUUUGAACGAAAAGAAUGAUUCAGAUGAGCCUAAAAUCAUCAAUGUAAAUUUAGAAGAUGAGCCACUCUCCAGAACCACUAAUUUUAGAAGCAGCACGAACAAACUCUCCAGCCCAAAGAUUCUUGAGGAAUAUGAGAAACCUAAAACCAUGAUUAAAUAAGAUAAUAAAAGGAAAAGAUGCAGAAAAUUUCAAAAAUUACGAAGACUAUAAGCCUGUAAGUGAGGUAUUUGGAGGAUGUAAUCAGAGCCCGAAUAAGAACAUCAAGACUUACCCCAAAACUAUGGAGACCAAGUACCUCAGCCUUUCCAGUAUCAAUGAUGGGCUACUUUCACCAAGAGAUCAUUUUGGGAGAAACAAGAGCUCUAAUUUCAUUGUUGCUCCUUAUCCUCAGAAAGUUAGGAACUCUUCCAAGAAUUUGGGAGGUAAGGUAUCUCCUAGGACCAAGAUUCAAACUUAUGCUACCUUAUCCAAACGGAAGAGAUCUCCAAAUCUAAACAGAGUUAAUUCCACCUUCAGUCAGGAGUACAAAACUGCUCUGAAAGGUUGAAAUAAUGAAACAAGGAGAAAUAAAGAUAACAAGAAAUAAAACUGAUUUCACCUUGAACUACGAGCUUGAUGAAGUAGCCAGUUGCAGAUAUACUGACACUCAAUAUACACAUAAAGAUCUGAAAAGAGCUAAAAGUACCAAAAGAGUUGGUAGAAUGGCCAAGCCUUUAGAGAGGAAAACAAAUUUGUAUACUUCUAACGGAUUUUCACUUGCUUAUUUAAGCCCUUCAAAAAAUCAGAAUUUAAGUCAAAGUUCAACAAUCUACAAGAUCCAACAAAGCAUCAACAAGCUUGAUGAUAGAAAGAAUUGUAAAUAUCAGGGAAGAUCUAGCCCCGAUCAACCUGCAUCUUUCUCUUCAGUCUAUGAAAACAAGAAAAAGCUCAAUGACUACCACCGGAGCAUGCAAGGAGAUAAGAGUACAGUUAGCUCAAAAUUCUCUGAGAGCCGAGAAAGCGAAAAGAGCUCAAUGAUAUCAUCUAAAAAUGGAAAAGUUAAUGACUAUCCUUACCAUGGGAACAAAAGAAUUGAGAAUUUCAGUCAAAAAUUGCAUACAGUAUCUAAUGCUCGUCUUCCCAGAGUCUCAAAAGACAGCAAGAGUAUGUCAACCAAUGACCAACUUCGAGAGAGGCUCAACAAGAAUAUUGACGACAGUUGAAAAUCAAGUGUUGAGUCAAGACUAAUUAAGGAGAAUAUUACUUCGAAAAAGAGAACUAGGAAAUGCAACCCAAAGAGAAUCCAGAAGUGAAAGUCAACCAACGAAAAUGACAUUCAGGAUAGCUUAUCAAUGAAUACCACUUCCAGUUUACUAAAGAGGAAGAAGUCUGAUGAAAUGAGUAAGGUGAAUAAUAAAUCAAGCUAUACUUCUUGACAAAAAGAGAGAGAUACAUCUACACAAGGGAACAGAACAGAUAGAUCCUCCACUAAGAAGGCCACAUCGAGGCUGUGUAGUAAGAUGAAGAGCCCUAGGACCAAGCCCUCUAUAGGUAAUAAUCACUACUACACCUCCUCUAAGCCUCAAAAUUGUACUACAAAAGAGACCAAGUCCACCAAAACCAAAUUGCUAGAGAAAAAUAUGAUUGAGAAGGAAGAGGUUAUGCGUAAGAAGGAAAUCAAAUACAUUUCAACAAUUAAACAACUGGAUGCUGACGUACAGAAUUUCAAGGAACUAUCAACCAGAAUGCAACGGGGGCUCCAGAGAAUAGAAGAGGUGGUGAAAAAGUGCAACCAAUUCAACCUGGUGUUCCUCAAUUACUACAAAGACUUUGAAGCCUUCGUACAAAAAGAAGAAUCUAAGAAGGUAUCUUUUGAGGCAUCUAAGUAUAAACCACUCCAAGAUCAACUCCAGGUCUGCCUUAACCUCUGUGAUUUUGGUAUUCAAGAGGAAGAUCAAGAGACUAGUAAAAUUUUAUCGACUGAGCUAGAUGAACUCUGAAAGAAAUAUGAGGAAAAUUUCAAGAGCAAUAAAGACAUCCAAUCUUGCAAAUUGGCAAAACCAAAGCUCUCUUGUGAUGAGUUUUCAUGAAUAGUCUCAUCAAUCAACGAAGUUGAGAAUACGAAUGAAUGAUCCAGUCCAAUUUCUGUCUCGAUCCUAAGCUCCAGCAAUACCGAGUCUUUCUCGUUUAAUUGGGGAAAUAGCUCUCAAAUAGACAUUGAGCUAGUCAAGAAGGAUUUUAUCAAACUUUGAGAAGAGAAUAAAUAUCUCAAGAAGAGAAUUGGGAACAGUUCCACAGUUUCCGACCUCAAAUGAGAGAUCUGACCUGGAUAUCUUGAGAUUAUUGACAGACUCACAAAUGAGAAGGAUGCUUUGGAAUCUGAAAUAGGUGCUCAAAUUUCAGAAAUAACUGAUAAAUAUGAAGAAUGAGAAACAGAGUUAAAGGCUGCUAAUCUGAAAUAUGAACAACAAACUAGAGAGUUACUUCAAAAAAUUGAACAAGAGGGAGAACUCAGAAGCAGAGUUUCAUUGCUAGAAAAGAGAAAUACAGACCUUGAAAUGAUAAUUCAGAAGAUUUCUCAGUCAAAAGAUGGUUACGAAGACUUAGGCAACACAGUUUCAGAUUUAUCCCUUGCUUUGAUAGGUAAAAAUAAAAAGGAUUUAUCAAGCUCCCAGAUUCAGCUGAUCAAGAACUUAUUCUCAGAUGCUCAAAUAAAAGCUGUUGAUGGGUUUAAAGAUAGAAUAAACACUCUUGAAGAGGAGAAAGAGAAGAUUGUCAACCAAUCAAAAUUUAUUACUUCUCAAAACCAAUCAAUGCUAAAGCCUCUCAGAAGAUACUCUAUUGCAAUAAAGGAAUGAGUUGAGCUCUACAAAGUAUUAGAUUUUCAGAACAAUAUUAUUCCUGAUUCUGAAGGACUUAAGGACCUCAAAAACCAUGCUAUAGGCUUUAUAGCCGAAUAUGAAGAUAAUGUAAAUGAAGUAUUGCCGACUCUAAAUGCUUACACUAGCAAUUUAAAAGAGAGUAUAGAGGAAAUAGGGAAAUACUCCAAUGCUCUAGAACCAUAUGAUGAGAACCUUCCUCUUCAGAUGUGUUCCCCAUCAAGAAAAUCUUGCCAAAAGUUUGAUUAUAAGCAACUAAACCUCGGAAAUCCCGCAUGAAGCCUUGAUCGCGACACAGAAAAUUCAAUGAGCAGGAUUGAGUUUUCCUCUGUCCUUCAGACUGACAACCAAGAUGUGACGCCUAAUAAAGAUUUAGAUGAAUCAAAAAAUUUCCAACUGAGCCUUAUACAGUCUUUGAAUGAUUUUGACAAUAUCGAUGAAGAUCAAGAGAAGCUCAGAGAUAAGAAACCAAUCAGGAAGAGCAAGAAGAAAUUCAAGAAGAAAACUGCAUAUGAGAAGAGACAGCAAAUGAUAGAAGAAACUUUAGAAGAAUUAGACCAUUUCAAUAAGGAAGAAGCCCCAUUUGAAGUAACAGUCAUAAAUGCUCAGAAUAAACUCAUCGAUCUUGAGACAAAUACUAUCAAAGAAGCUGAUGAAAGAGAUGAGGAGGACACCCAAUUUGACAAAGAUGGUAAUAAGAUAUUGAGGUCUAAUAACUCCUUACAAGGAGGUAGUCUAAAGGGUAAAAAAUCCAUGACUGACAUUCUUGUCAUCCCAGGAGAAAACCUUAAAUAUGAUAUUCCUUCAAUCCUCGGAGAGGCAGGGCUGACUAAAACCCAAGAAAUCUCAUUAGACCAGCUAAACUCCCACGAUAUUCACUCUCUAGAGAGUGAAUCUGUAAAAGUGGAGGAAGAUCUCCUGAACGAUAGCAUCAAAUUCGAUGAAAAUUUACUCUAAUUUUCCAAAAAUCAACAAUUUAUUCCAAUUUUUG